AGGCACUAACAAUCGCAAGUUGCAGCUUCGGCCUCAGAUCUCUCGAUCCAAUUGAGCGCUGCAUUUUGGGGUCGCAAAACUACAGCAAAAAUGGCCUCGACAACGACCAAGCAGACCCCGGCGUCCUUUGUCGGGACCAGCAAGGUCGUCGAGACUGACUAUCCGCUCAUCGACAACGACCCUCACUUUAAGCGGGUUAUCGGAUAUGCGAGAACGUCAGACUACGUAGCUGGUGCAACCUCUGCGGCCUUUGCACCGGCCGCUCUCUAUGCUCUCGAGAGGCUCGCCCCGUCGCAUGUUGGCCGAGGUGGUUUUGCCAAAGCCAUGCGGUUAGCCGGAUUCAUUGGCUUGGCCGGCGGUUUCCUCUACUUUUACCAGCGAUCAGCCCUUCGAUUCUACGGCGCUACCGAGAACUCAAGGGAAGUGGAGAUGGAUAUGCGAGAGAUGGUUUCCAAGGUCAAGGCGGGACAGCCUCUGUAUGGCGAGAGCAAGCUGAGCCCGCACCUGCAGGGAGUUGCGGCCCGACAGAGCAGAUACUCUGCGCUCUUCUUCAGCACAGUACCGUGGUUCAACUUUGUCAACCACAACCAGCACGGCGUGGACACGGCCAAGUACUAUCAGCAGGCCGAGAGGGAACUGGAAGCAGAGCGGGCGGCGGGCAAGAGCUAAACGGGAACCAAAUGUGUAUAUUUAGCGGGACUACCGCUUCUUGCGGAGAAGAAAAAAUAUUGCAAGAUUCAACGUCUACGGGAAUUGCGCAUUGAGAUGUGCGCGCUGUGAUUCCGCUGGUGGUUAUGAUACCACUACUAGGUAGUUUGCGUCAUCUACUAACACCAGUUUUCAGUCUAUGUAUUCUGAUGCUAUCAAAUAAGGAAUAUCAUAUUCCCCU